AUGAAAGAGGAAGAAAAAAAACCGUAUAUUAUCAGACGUAGAAAUACCAAGCUCAUCGCAACUUUAAACUUAUCAGAUGCUGAGCUAGAAACGUCUCUAAAGGUAUUGCAGGUGUCUAUGCAACUGUGUGACGUAUGCCAAAAGGAAGAAUUCAAAUAUAAGUGUCCACGCUGUUUGAAGAAAACAUGUUCUUUAGCUUGUUCGAAAAGGCAUAAAGAAGAGGAUGGGUGCUCUGGGCAAGCGCAAGAUCCAACGGAGUAUAUUGAGAGUGGUCGUCUGAAACAGGCCGACGACCAGAAACAUGAAAAUAAUCAUCUGGUCCAACGAGACUUCAAUUUUCUGACCGGGUUCAAGAGACAAUUGGAGCUGAAAAAAACUGAUAGUAAGCAGAAGCACAAAAGGAUGCUACAGAGCCGUAAAGAUAACACCAAUAAUAUGAACGUUAAGAAGCCACGUUUGGGAGAUGAGUGUCCGCGAGUUAUACGGAGAGGUGUGAACUGCCUACUGUUGCCACGCGGAAUGCAGAAGUCUUUACUGAACAGGAGCAAGUGGGAUAAGGCAGCCAAUCUUUUUUUUGGUCUAUUGAAUGGAUUAUAUGCUCACCAAGAUCCCCCCACCGCUGUAGUUGAACCGGGAAAAACACAUGAAUCACAUGUAAGUCACAAAGUUAAGGAAACAAGUAGUUUGAUAGAUGGGAUGAGCAAUGUCGUGUUCGAAAAGUGCUGUCGUGCAUUUGAUAUAAAGCCCGAUACCACGAGAAAUUAUGAUAUCACGAAUGGAAGUGUGGAUCCGAAUAUAGGGAAACCAAAUGACGGUUUAGAAAGGUCACAUUGGCUAAGUAAUAGUGGUCUGAAAUUUUACACUAAAAAGUUUCCUUACAAUACCACGUCCAUCGGCGAUUCUCGAGAACUAAUUGAAUUGGAUCCUACAGGGAAAUGUAUCGGUGAAUUGUUUAGGAACAAAACAGUGAUCGAAUUUCCAACCAUUUUGUUGGCCAAAUCAGAAGAGGACUUACCAAUAGGUUAUAAAGUCGUAACAGAAGAAUUAGGUGGUCAAGAACUUAAAACGCAACCCAAUAUGUUGUCAGGCGAGACACAUAUUCCCCCGAAGAGUGAUGAUGAGAGUGUUGAGCCUCCAGAAGCAGGCUCCACCAAAUAUGUUAACCCAAUAGACUAUCCCGUAGUGCAAAAAGAAGAAAAUGAGAGUGAUGGGUAUGAUCCAACAGCAUUAUAA